AACAAGAAAAUUGUAGAUGAUAAUCCGAGAGUUUGCUUCUGUGUUUACAAACAGAUUUACUCUUAAUAUAAAGAUACGCAAAUAUUUAUUGCGAUUUGUAUAUCAAAGGUAAAUUACAGCUUAUCAGAAAAGCAUGAUCAAAAUGAAAUAUCCUUGUUACAAACAAUCCACAAAUACCUGCCGCUACCCAAAGACGUCUUGACUUGUGCAUGAAUAUAACACUUGAGUACAUUCUUUGAGAGAUUGAAGUUUGGAAAUUCAUUUCAAGUCUUUACAAUUGAAUUUACGAAUCAUAUAUGUUACAGUAUUGUUUUCACCAGUUGACGUUGGAAUGGUGGUAGAAACAAUUUAGUCAUUUAGAUUAUGGUUUUACAAGAAUCAAUGGAUUUGUCAGAUCCAGCCCAAAAGAGGGCCACCAGAAAACUUUUAAUUGCUGGACUGAUAUGUGUUUUCUUGGCUGUGGUGUCAAUAGCUAUUGUUCUGGCUGUUGUUAUUCAACAAAAUGAGGAGGAAAGAAUUCCUCAUGGUUCCUUCGAUAAUCAGCAUCAUACAACUUUAGACCCUAAAACUGAGGAGAUUGACUUAUCAUCAUCACUGCUACUGGGGUUAUUGUCGUCAGAAGAGAUAAGUCUUGAAACCGUUACUUAUAGUACCAUCAUUCCAAUAGCAACAAGUGAUAACAAUAUAGAUGUCACAUCUUCAACCUUACUUAUCAGUUCACGACCUUUUACAGAAAUUAUGAACAGUGAUUCGUCAUAUUUAACAAAUGACAAAAUUGUAUCAUCCAAUGACUAUCCUAAAAUCCAGUUGACAUAUUCAUCUCUUUAUAAUUUACCAGUUUUCUCAACUGAACUGGUAUAUUUGACUUCUUAUUCUCAAAUAGAAAAUAAUUACUUUAAUUCUGAUGAAAUGACAAAUAUUAAAACUGAAAUACAAACAAGUAAACAAAUAGGGAGUAUUCCAUUGACAGAGAAUACAUCUCAACCAUUUUCUACCUCCAUGACAGAAGAGUUCAAAUCAGAAGACAUUUCUUUUGAUUUAAAGUCAUCUGUUACAUCAGGUACUGAUACAACAAUAUCAAAUGUAUUAGAGAUAUAUAAAUCAACUUUGAAAUUUAGCGAUUUUUUCCCAGUCACUUUAAAUUCCAAUUUACAGCAACCUGUGUUAUUGGAGACUUCCAGUGAGGAGCUUCCAGUUUGGUCUACUAAAUCAAAUACAUAUAAUUUAGAAUCUACAAAACUUGUACUACAUAUUAACAACACAUCUGGUUUAUCAACAAAUCAAAUGGACAUUUUGCCAUCUUCUUCGUCUUUAAUCUCGAUGGAACAUAAAAGUGUAGUUUUAACAAACAGUACUACAGUACAAUCAGCUGCAUCAGAAACAUACGUGUCAACGUCUAAAAGUAGUGCAACUUUAACUUAUGGAAAUAGUAGAUGGAUAGUUUCAGCAUCAACUUUAGUUCCAUAUAUUGAACCAUUACUAACUGUAGCUCAAUCAGAAUUUGUAUCCAGUAAUUUAGAACCCAUCAAGACAACUGCUUACGAUAACCUUGUGCCAACAAGUACUCAAAACGAGACAAAAAUUGAGAAUUUUUACUCAACAGAAUGGUAUAAUUCACCAACACAAGUAACAGUAUCGUCUACACUUUUACCAGAAUGUAGCACACAACAGUUUAGGUGUAGAAGUGGUCAGUGUGUUGAUAUGUCCAGUAGAUGUGACAGAGUUAUACAGUGUGAAGAUAUGUCAGAUGAGUUCAAUUGUGCAAAUUGUAUAGGUUUUGAGUGUGGUAAUGGGUUCUGUACAUGGUCAUGGAUUCAGUGUAACAAAAGAGUAGACUGUAUGGAUCUCUCAGAUGAAAUAGGAUGUGAACAUGGAUCAUCUUACAGAAGAUGUGAUAAUGGACUGAGUAUUCCAUCACAUAAAUGGUGUGAUGAUGUAGAUGACUGUUUUGACAACAGUGAUGAAAUAAACUGCACAUGUUCAUUUGGUGAAACUCCAUGUAUAGGUGGACAGUGUAUCAGAGAAGAGUGGAUUUGUGAUGGACACGUGGAUUGUUUACAGGGCACAGAUGAAGCAAACUGUAGUGAUUGUAGUCCUGACCAGUUUGUAUGUAAUGACUAUAGCUGUUUAAAUAUUACACAAGUUUGUGAUGGUUCACAGCAGUGUAAUCAGGCAGAAGAUGAAAUGUCUUGUUAUAACCUUAACAAGGACACAGCCAUGACAGUUCAGUACAAGGGGAAUAACUACACUGUGUGUAACACUCACUGGAAUUCUGGUAUCAGUGACUAUAUUUGUCAGUUUCUAGGUUACAGAAAUUCUACAAUAACAAGAUACAUUAAAUCAAGUGAAAGUGGAAAUGGCAUUGACUUUAUUGAACUUGAUCACCAAAUAACAGAUUUCAAAAACAUAUUACAGUACAUGAAAAUUAGAUCCUCUUGUACUUCCAAUAUGACUGUCUCCAUUGCAUGCUUGCCACGAGAAUGUGGAGAACAAAGCCCUAAUCUGAUGCUUCCAUUUGUUGCUGGUGGAGAUAUAGCCACCUUGGGUCAGUGGCCAUGGAUUGUGUCCCUGUCAUAUCUUGGCAGAUCUUUUUGCAGUGGAACUUUGAUAUCAGAGGACUGGGUAGUAACAGCAGGCCAUUGUGUUGCUAUACCAGGAUCUCAUAAUUUCACAGAAAAUCCUCAUUACAUCGAAGUUCUAUUAGGAUCAGUCAAACGUCUAAGAGGUCAAGGCACCAGCAGACAUGUCGAUAAGGUCAUACAUCAUCCAAGGUUAACAUGGACAGGGAUUGGUCCAAUAUACUAUGAUGUUGCAUUGAUCCAUCUGGAAAAGUCUGUAACUUAUACUGACUAUAUCCUACCAGCCUGUUUACCUAAGGCAGAUUUUUCUUCAUUUAGUAACUGUUACUUGGCUGGAUGGGGAUAUAUUAGUUCUAAUCAAGAUAUAACAGUUCAAGAUCUUAGAGAGGCUAAGUUACAUGUCUUGUCUGACGAAGAAUGUAGGACAAAUACAGUACCAUCAGAACAGGAAGUAAAUACCAAUAUAACAUACUGUGCUGGAUACAAGUUUGGGGUCAUCUCAGGAUGUCAGGGUGAUAGUGGUAGUCCAAUGAUGUGUGAGGAUCACAUGGGUAAAUGGAAAUUAGCUGGAGUAAUGAGUAGUGGGGCUGCCAUGUGUGGGACGUUUACCAAUACUGCCAAUAGAUUUACCAAAUUAUCAACAAUGAUGGAAUGGAUUGAUUAUGUCAUCAAUGUUUGAAAGCAGUUAUCCACUGUUAGAUGCUAUUGAUUUAUAUUAUGUCAAAUGCAUUGAGACUAGUCAGUUUGAUUUUAAUUAUGCAAAUGAUCUUAUUUUACAAAGUCUAAAAAGGUUUUUAAUUAAAAAAAACCUUGACAAUGAUUGUGAACUUAAGAUUUGUCAGUUAUCACAGAUACAAGUUGGUCUUAUACUAGUCAGAUAAUGAAAUGUUGUUAAGGAUAAUGAAAUGCUGGUAUGGAAGAACAAUUAUGAUAGAAUCCAGCUGGACGCUAGUCAUUAUACUUCCAAGUUCAAAUUCAACAGAUACAUGUUCAUAGAAGAUAGAUUUACCCAUAAAAAAUAAAAGAAGAUGAAGUUAUGAUUCUUUAUUGGGAAAGAAAAGAAAAAAAAGUAAAAUUUAGAUGUGAAAGUCACACAAUUUGUCAUUGUUUUUAUAUCUCAAAUUUUAAGAUAUGUUUUAUAAAGAGCUUUAUUAUUUUAAAUAAAAUAUCAUAUGUCCUG